GUCAGGCGCGAGGUAUUUAUUCCCUUGAUGGCCGACCAAAAUACAGUUACCGGCCGCCUGCCGCUCGAGUCAGCUCACUCAGGGCCUCCGCCUCGCCUCACUAACACCUCAGAGCACAGGACCAGAAGAAGUCGCAGGAAUGACCGCCCAGAGGGCAACGCUUUGGGUGAUGCUGCUCGUGGCCUCCACGACAGUGGCCGCCCCCACAGAGCAGAAGCCGCCCCCCGAAAUGGCACCACCAGACCUCGAUGCCGCACAAUCGGCUCCAGCAAUGCUUACUCCUAAUAAAGGUUACAGAAUGCAAGGCUUGUACGGAUUUGGCACUAAACCAUUUUAUUUGGAGAGAGACCCCGUAACCGGUGCCUUUGACUUUUCGGGAGCAUCCGCCGGAAGUUCAGAGCCAGCUCAUAAAUUUUCCUCGAAGGUUCCAGCACACGCUGAUUACGAUUACGAAGAGGUUGCCAUCGACACCGACCCUAUCGACAGAAAAGACACCCUUGGGCCAAUCAGACCCAACGAUCUGGAGCAACCCUCCCAUAAGUCAUCAAAGGUGCCACAGGUGCCGUUGAUUUCCAGCUCCUACGCAAGCACCAAACUGCAGGGCACGGGCGCCGUCAAAGAGCAGGCAACGACCACCACCACCACCGCAGCCCCUUCCUAUUAUUUCUCCACCUGGCCAACCGCAGAAAGCACAACCACUAAAAAGUUGCUCGACUUUUGGCCACCAGCGAAGCCCUCGUCCGAGACGCCUGAAUAUUAUGACUAUGAGGAAAUCUCCGCCGAAGUUUCAGAAGCCCACCCGCAGGAUAAUCACCCGCUACAUCCUCACCAUCACAGUGUCGAUCCAAGCACCGUCGUGCCACCAACGACCUUGCCACCCUUCGAGUAUGACCCUAGCGAGGAGAGUGAAACUGCCCGGCCGAUUCCUCCCAAGAAAAAGCAAGACACUGUUAAAAAGCCAGAGAAACCUGAGUUCCCGAAUCAGCCACCCACACCUGAAAUUGAAAUUCAGCCCCCUGUUGAGGUCAACUACAAAGAACCUGAGCUCGAACUUACUCCACCUGAAAUCGAAACUCGUCCCGAUUUCGGUGAUGUGAGGCCCCACAAUGCACCUGCUGAAGUCCGCCCUCCUGAUUUGGAAAUGCGCCCACCUCAGGUGGAGUUCAGGCCACCUGUGAGUGACGUAAGACCUUUGGAAACUGAAAUGCGCCCACCUUUCCCUGGAGCACCUUUCAGGGCUCCUCAGGGUGUGCCUCUUCCUCCCAGGUACGCACCUGAGAGACCAAUCUUGGACAGUCAAGGGUGGCAACAAGCCCAAACUCCUCCUCCGUCUUCACCAACAUUUUCUUCAACCAGAGUCACCUUCCCUGAUUCCACUCCACCACCUAUUUCCUCACCUGGCCCGUACAGACAGAAUCUGCCUCCAGGGUACGAGCCUAAAAGGCCUAUCCACCCCUUCCGUGACCAGCAGCGACCUCCGUUCAGACGCCCUCCUCAAGAAAACCCCUACACUUUUGUCCAAGCAAAACCUAUCGACCGCCAUCACGUUGAAAACAGACCACCACCUCCACUCAGAUUCCGUCCUCAGCAGAAGGUCGGUGGUGUCCGCAACAGAAAUGACGACUCCUUGCCCAAUAUUCUGCCCCAAUUCCGUCCUAACCUCCGACCUGACAAUAGCGAGUACUAUAUGUUCAGGCAGCACGCUGGCGGUCCCCCACCACAACAACCCCCUCCGUUCAAACGCUUCCCUCCUCAGGGUCACCAUGGACCUAACCAAGGUCCCCCUAACCAAGGCCCUCCUGUAGGACGUCGUGUGGGCCCUGAAGUCGCUACCUUGCAAAUGAUGAAGGGUGCCAUGAUCAAGAACGCACCUAGAGUGGAAUCUCCACUUCCUCAGCCUCCUCCCUCUCACCCUCUCAUGGAGAACAAACCCCCAGCGCCCGAGGAGCGACCUGCCGAGCGACCUUCCACCCCUGGCGUGUACGUCGUUUACCCCAACGCCAACCAGAACGAUAUUCACGUAGGCCAACAGGGCUCCAGCCGCCCCCUGCCUCCCAACCAACUGCACCAGGCAGAACAGCCCAUCUUGCCAGGCAAAACUGACUUCCCUUAUGCCCUGGAGAAGCCCAUCGACAGGCACGACGGGCCCAGCUUCUCCAUCAAGCACAAGAACAAAGUGAGCGUCGUCCCUCAAACCGGCGACAGAAGUGAAAUCACCGUCUCUGCCAUCAUGCACGCCGGCCCUGACGGAGGCCACUCGGGCUCAACUCAGGGCCAGGUGUUUGUCGUCAACCCUCAGCACAGGCCUGAGGUGCACACCGCUGACGUAAUCACCUCACACCACAGAGUCACUCAACCAGAGGCAGUCGCCCCUUCUCCUCCUGAGUCUUUCCAGGCGCCUUUCCACGCCAGUGCCAACGUAGCUCCCUCGCAUGGAAACGGAUGGACGGCCAUCAGAGAUUCCGAGUUCCGUCCUCAGGGUAUAGUCGAACGAGCUGAUCACGAUGUGCCUGAACCUUCGCAAGAGCCAGCAGCUUCCAAAUUCGACAUCGAAAACUUCACUCCUCAGCUUAUCGGCGGCUUCCAGCCAAUUUUGCCCUCGGCUGACAGCAGUGCACCAAAAAAGGAGGUGGAGGAGACCAAGGUUGAGCUGAAAACGACCGACAGACAGGAGAGGAAACACUUCUAAACUGCUGUGCUGGUCAGAUUUAGGGCCAAGUGCAAAUUUCAGCAAAAUGCCCCUCAACAGGGAGUCCGAUUGGUUAUUGACGCCCAACGGAUUUCAGGGUUGAUUGGCAUUUUGCAUGCGGGUCAGGGCAAAGCAAUGGUCUCUAGGUCCUAAAAAUUUGUAGCUUUUUUACUUAUAUAUUAUACUUAAAACAAUUUACGUCAUAACCAAAGGACAACAAUUAUGUCAUUGUUUCCGAUUACACUGUUGCAAUAAUUUUAAUUUUCUUUUGCCAGAGAAGUUUUAAAUUAAGCGAUCUCCCGAUAGUGCCUGGCAAAAUCAAAACGCUGCCUUCCCCAAGGCGCAUUUUACGGAAUUUCCAACAAUCACUACUUAUAUUAUGUUAAAAGUCAGGACAAGUUGCAUUUUAUUGCUAUUUAACGCUGCAUUUUUUUUUAUUAUAUCUCUGUAAUAUUUAUUAAGCUGACAUUUAAUUAUUUAUUGAUCAUAUAUGUGUGUGAAAGUGGACGACUAUGACAAACCGAUUGGAUUUCUAUUACAAAAAAGGAACAAAAUUUUGUACAGCCAGAAUUGUUAGAGUGAGACAAAAUAGUGCUAUUAGUUUCUUUAUAAUUUAAUAAAGUAAUCCACAUAAAACGAAGAAUAAACUUUUAAAA